AAGAGGGCGGGCAACUGCAGCAGGAGAGUCGUGGACUCGUUGUGGCAGAACUUCUUCCUCUCCGCUUCCGAGGUUUUUCAAUGGAUCCCCCUAGUUCGCCGCGGCUCGGUCGACGGGCCAGGUACGAAUCUAUCUCUCAUAUUUCGCACUUGCCGGAUCCCAACUAUAGGCCCCAACGUCAUCCGCCUUUCGCCACCUUUGCACCUCAUCCGGCGGGACCAAUACACUCGGGGAUUCCUGGUAAUCAAUAUUUUGAACACCGGCUCGGCCAUGGCGCUGGAGAUAUUUCUUACUUACCAUCCCCGCGCCGCUCAAAUCCUUCUGGGUUUGAUCCUCGUGACCUUCCUUUCCCUAGGGUUUCUGAUAGUGCCAUUCACCGUGGUCUCUCUGAUGCCAAGUACUCACGGCCUGAGGUCUUGGAGCGGGGCCGUGGUGGAAGCGGCGCUUUCGAUGGGCCGGGAAGGUUUGAUGAGGAGCCUGAUCGAUUCCGGCCAUAUGAUAAUCUAUUUGAAUUGGGACAUUCCGAUGGAGCCCUAGAUUCAAGGAGAAGGCAGGAGCCAGAACAGGAUCGGUACUUAGGGGUUGAUUCUGAAUGGAAGAGGCAGCGGCCGGUUAGGUUUUGGGAUGAACGAGAAAGUCGUUAUCGUGAUCCCUUUCUCGAGCACCUGCCUCCAAUAGCGGAUCCUUUGGCACCAGCAGCUCCGCCAUUCCCUUCACCCAGAGGAUUGCGUGGUGCUGGCUUGGUUAAAAAUAGUGCUGGAGAUGCAUCCCGUGUUUCUGUUCAUCGACAUACUCCUAGCUCGCCAUGUUUCUUUGGCGGGUCCUCUUCUGAUGCGAUAGUUGUUAAGCGCACAGGGACCAUGGCAGGGAACUCCCAGAUCAUUGGAAAUGGAUCUGGUCUUCAACGGGUACAGUUUUUCGACAAAAAGAGGAACAAUGACAGCGACGGGCCAUCUGAUCGUGGCUUGGAAGGAAGACAGUAUGCGGGGCAUAAAUCCAUCAAAAGAUCUGAUCCGAGUGAUGUUGCCAACGAAGGUGGAUUUCGGAGUAUUCACCAUAUGGUAAGAAAAACAUCUAGCAUCCCAAGUAUGGAUACCGAGCAUGAAUUUGAAAAAGCGUGCUACACUGGUUACAAUGGUAAGAGGAAGAUGACAAGUAAUAAGGGUGCUGAAUAUAGUGCAAACUUGCAGAAGCGAACUAUGCUGAAGCCUAGUGCAUUUUCUAGGAUACAAAGUGGAUUGUCCGUUUGGGAAAGGUUAGAGGAGAAGUCAUCGAUUUUGUCCCCUCCUCGUUCUUCUCCUUCCUCUAGGAUAUCAAAAGAUGCAGAGACAAAAGCUAACAUCUUUGACCGCUCAUUCGAAUCAAAUACUCUGGUUACCAAGGUUUUAGAUCCCUUCAGUGCUGAGACAAGCUCCAUAAAAGAUACUGUUUUUGUAGAAAAGCCCAAUAGAGUUACGAAGAAGAACAUGACACAGACAACAAAAAUGGUGAUAAUUCCUGCUGUUUCAAGUUUUCAUGGCUCUAGCAGAAAGUCUAACAGAGUCACGAAGAAGAAGAAUAAGAAGUAUAUAGUACAACCAAGGGAAAAAGUGGUAAUUCCUAUUGUUUCAAGUUCACCUGGCUCUAUUGCAAAGAAAGGAGUUGUGAGAGAUUUCAAGUUAAGCAGCCCUGGAAGUGUUUCAGUACCAGAAGCAAAAAUAACGAAAGUAUCUUCUUGUAUGCCUGGGAGCAAGUCUAUGUCCAGUGAUUGGACAAAGACGGUCAAAAAACCGGCAGAGGAUAAGAAGAGUGGAGCUGAAGAAGCAGAUAAGAUGUUCAGUCAAGUGGAUAGUUGCAUUAUCGUGACUCCGAGGAUGGAGGAUAGCACAGAGAUUCCCAAGCAUGGAGGCCCUUUCAAUUUUUCAGAGGAAGAAAGUAAUUCCAUUCAUAAUGUUGACAGCAUAACUGAACCUGUUGGUGUUAGCCAUUCACAGAUUUGCCAGAAAAUUCAGACAAAGAUAGCCUCUCCAUCUAAUAAUGUUAUUGCAGACAUUAUUAGCACAGAUGUUACGGAAGCCCAAGAUAUUGUCAUUGAGAUCCUCGAUGAUAGCGAAAAAGAUUCGUCGGAGCAAGGCAAGAAAUCGGAUACCAUAUACCAAAAUCCUUCGGAUUUUGAUGUGAACGUUUGUUCACAGCCUUCUGAGCACAUAAUAGUUGGUCACGCUGCACAUGAUUCUUUUGUAAAUAUUGCCACCAACUCAAUCAAACAAAUCAAAUCUGUAAACUCUCCUCAGAAACUUGGGCAAGACAUGCCCCCUGCUGACAAUGCUGUAUCACCUCAAGUGCUCUGCAGUGACACUUCUCUAAAGUUAGAGGGAGAAGUAAGGCAGCGGGAGGAAAUGUCCAUUGCUACCAAAGAACUUGAAGUUCCAGGAAAUUCUGGCACUCCACAGUCAUGUAUUCAUGGUCCCCAAGUUCCUUCAUUUUCACAUAUCAGUAAUUCAGUUCCAGAGCAGAAAUUACAUAGCAAAGAAACUGUCGAAGAAAAUAAUAUGCUGCCUCAAUCUAUCUGUAAUAUGACCUUUCUGGACAGUGUGGGUACUCUUACAAUAGAUUCCCGUGGCAAAAAUAUAGGGCAAGCUUUGCUUUUGGGUCCCAUGGAAACGGACACUACAGUCACACAUUUUGAAAAUGUAUCACAUUCUAACCAAGAACAAUCACAUAUUGGCAACGGAAAUCCAGAACACAUUAGUAAAGGCGAGCUUUUUCUAAGCUCCAUUGUUUCACAGGCUUCAGAACCUGGCUAUGAAUCUGGUAAAACCAUUCAGAACCAUCAGUUAAUACCUGAGAAGGCACAACUCUUACCGUCCCACGAACUUAAAGAAAAAUUACCUCCGAAUCCAAAAUUGACAGAUGAAAAGCUCUCUUGUAAGAAAACCUCACCUUUAGCUGAUGUUAAAAAAUUUCGGUCUAACAAGCUAAACUUUUCUGCUUCACUCAAAGAAGCAGCUCGUGCUAGUCAAACUGGGAGGCAUAGGACGUGGGUUCGUAUUAAUACCCCUUCUCUAUAUUCUGAUGAAAAUCUUAAGCAAGGUGGGAUUUUAAGCAAACAAGUGCCUAAAAGGCUAGAUAAAACUCAAAAUUCUUCAUAUUUUCGUAAAGGUAACAGUCUUAUACGGAAACUAUGUGCUGAACCUUCUCCUUCGGUACCUCCUACUCUUGGCUGCUCAGGCAGAAAAUUUAAAUCCAGUGCAAGAGAAAUUAGAAGUGAAGGCCCAAAUAAUGUGGCACAUUCUGAUCCUUUAUUUGAAGGAUUAAAAACACCUCUUCCUCCUCUUUCCAAGUUGUCAGCUUUUUCCAUGAAUUCUUGUAAAGAUUUUCCUCAACUUAUACCAAUAGAUAGGAGCCCUGAACCAGGCACUGAUCUAGAAAAUCAACACGAUAGACAAUCUGCUGGCUUAUUUGCUUGUAAUCUGGAGAGCAGCCCGGAUACCGCAAGUAGUAAAAUAGUUGGUGCGAAGAGGUUAAUAUAUGUGAAACGUAAAAUGAACCAGCUGGUUGCUACUCCAGGGCUUGAGAUUGGCGAAUCCUCUAAAUUCCUUUUGGAAAGAUCUCAGAAAUCUGUUCAUCAUCCUAUAGAAUUGCCAAAGAAAAUGCCUUUUUCAUCGUAUCUGUACCACAGAAGUAAAAAGAAUCAGCUUAUUCGAAAUGAAACUUCGUCUGAUAGCAAAGUAACAGGAAUUCCGGCUGGUAACACGAAUUCAGUUGAUUCACUUGAAAAAGGAAGCACUCUUCCUUACAAGAAGAGGCUAGAUAAUGUUCUUCAGAAAAAAAAAAGCUCAACAGGUUCUUUAGUGUGGACAUUGGGUGGGAACACAUUGUCCCAAAAAUGCAUUGCAACAUUUGGCUGUCAGAGGGUUUUCCCCUACAUCUUUCCAUGGAAGAGAGCGGUUAACUGGAAGAACUUUAAGACUCCUAAUAACAUUCCUAUUUCAACUAGAUCUUCGAUAUCAUUGAUCAGCCGGAACUUGCAGUCUUUGAGGAAAAGAGACACAAUUUACAAAGUAUCGACUAAUGGUUUUGCUCUUCGAAAAGCUGGUGUUGUUAGCAUCAGUGGAUCUAGUUUGAAAUGGUCAAAAUCCAUUGAAAAACGUUCAAAGAAGGCUAGUGAGGAAGCUACAUUGGCUGUUGCUGAAGUGGAGAGGAAAAAACGAGAGAGGAAGCGAAGUAAAUCUACAACUGAUAAAGGGAAGAACAAAGUUCAAUUAACGUGCAAAUCUACUUGGGGCAUUGAGUUAAAACGAGGGGAACGGAUCUUUCGUGUUGGUUCAGCUCGAUAUAAAAUGGACGCAUCCAUGCGGACAUUGUCAAGGAUACCAGAUGACAAUUCAACAUCUUCUGCAAGUCAGAAACAAGGCAACAGCAGCCAGAUAUCUUUUAUUCCUAGGAGAUUAAUCAUCGGAAAUAACGAAUAUGUUGGAAUUGGCAAUGGCAACCAGCUUAUUAGAGAUCCAAAGAGACUUAAACGUAUUCUAGCAAAUGAAAAAGUUCGAUGGAGUUUGCACUCAGCUAGGUUAAGGUUGGCCCAGAAGAGUCAAUUUUGCCUAUUUUUUACGCGGUUUGGCGAGUGCAAUAAAAGUGGAAGGAGAUGUCCUUACAUUCAUGACCCUACUAAGGUUGCCAUCUGCACUAAAUUUCUAAAAGAUCAAUGUUCUGAUACUCAUUGCAAGUUAACCCAUAAGGUUAUUCCUGAAAGAAUGCCAGACUGUGCAUACUUUCUGAAAGGAAUGUGCACCAACAUUAAUUGCCCUUACAGACAUGUAAAGGUUAAUGCUAACGCUGCUCUGUGCGAUGGUUUCCUCCGAGGACACUGUGCUGAUGGUGAUGAGUGUCGUAAGAAGCAUAGCUACACAUGCCCUCUCUUUGAAGCAACUGGAAGUUGUCCUCAAGGAUCUCUGUGCAAGCUUCAUCAUCCUAAAAACAAGAGUAAAUCAAAAAAACGGAAACGAAGUGAGAUCCAAAACAGCAGCCAUGGCCGUUACUUCUAUUCCAUUAUUGGCAAGGAAGGUUCAGCUGAAUCUGUAGAAGUUCCCUCCGGCCAAAAUGAUUUGGAGGGUGAUAAUGACAUUUUCUGUUCUGAUGGAAGAUUUACUGAAUAUAUCAAUCUUGAUGAUGAUGAUGAUGAUAUUGUCGCCUUAAAAAAUGAUCGUUCAUAUACGGGAGAGUUGGACUCUGGCUUCCUUGAUUUUCAGUCUUGCGAUAUUGAUGUGCUGAUAAAGCCUAUUAGGAUCAAUAACGGCGAUGACAUGACAAUAUUUUAAUCUUUAUAUGAUAAAAUUGUUAUUUUUAUAACCUAUUCAAGUUUUGUUUUCUCA